AUGGCUGGUGUUAGACACUUACGAAUCAUUGGAUUGACGGCAUUCGUCUUGAUUUUAAUUGUGGUACUACACCAAACUGGUCGUCAUGCGGCAUCGUUAGUAUUUGCUCAAGCAUCAGAUCAAAUUGCUAAUAAACAUCGGGCAAAGUCCAACAAUGGGGCACAAGCAGUUUCAGGAGGUGCUCGUGUUGGUACUCAUGGCAAUGGUGAUAAUCCAGUUGUGGUUUCUAAUAAUUUAGUUGAUCUGAACAAUGAUGAAAAGACUGAUGACGCCAUCAAUCAAGAAAUAUCCAAGGAUCAAAGUGAAGAAGGAAUCAAGAAGAAGCCCAAUGAGGAUGUGCAAGGGAAAGAAAAUGGAGCUGGUGUAGGUGCAGGAGCAGGAGCAGUAGGUGGAGUGAAUGGUGACAGUUCUGGUUCUGGUUCUUCUGAUGUGACAACUAAUGAAAAAGGUGAAUAUGACCCACAAGCUGAUUUAAUCAAAAUCAGAUCGCUUUCACCUAUGACGAUAUUUUCCAAAAGUUAUUGUCCAUAUUCAAAACAAUUGAAGAAGCUUUUGUUGGACAAGUAUGAAAUCAUCCCCACGCCAAACAUUGUUGAGUUGGAUCUACAUGAAAAUGGUGAUGACUUGCAACAGUUUCUUUAUGAAAAAAGUGGUAGAAGAACCGUGCCCAAUGUAUUGGUUGGUUCGUCUUUUGAAAGUAGAGGUGGAUCUGAUGAUUUUGGUGAGUAUCAUAAAAAGAAUCAAGUUAUUAAGUUAUUAACUGAUUGGGGUAAUGGUAGAUUACAAGUGAGUAAAAAAGAUACUCCAUCAAAUGCAUAA